ACCGCGAGCAACGCCAACAUGGACCGCUACCUCGCCGACAAGGCGCCGCCCGUCUGUUCCCUCACCAUCGCCGACUCGUUCAAGGCCCUCACUCGUCAAGAGAAGCUCUACUCGCACUACCUGAGCGAGGCGAGCUGGGCAGGCGCCCGCAUCGUCAUGCGCCAGACGACCGCCCACUCGGAGAAGCUCUUCGACCUCCUCGUCGCGACGUUCAGCUCGGCGGCCGACCCGACCAAGCUCGCCGACCUCCAGCAGCUCAAGAAGAAGAGCGGCGUCAGCGACAACGACUGGGACGCCGUCCUCGCGUAUGCUGCCCAGGUCUUCUCGAACCUGAGCAACUUCCGCAGCUUUGGAGCCACCAAGUUCAUCGCGCGCGCGAGCGAGGAGGGUUUCGCCGCCAUCGUCGCCGCCUCGGAGCGCUCGUCGGUCGCCCUCCCGCUGUGGAACGAGCUGUCGGGCGAGAUCUACGCGCUCAAGCCCGAGGCGUCCCUGUCGAUCGGCAAGCCUACCGACGGCCACACGUCGGCAUACUACCCGUCGUCGCCGCCGCCCUCGGACGAGCAGGUCGACGAGGUCCAAGCCCUGUGCGACGCCGCCGGCAUCUCGACGCUCAACACGCGCCUGUCGCGCACGUCCGACACCGAGCUCGUCCUCCUCAUCGCGAGCGUCGGCAAGCUCCCGGCGUCCUUCCCCGAGUCGCUCAAGAGCGACAAGCUCGGGUCCACGGUCCGGCUCGAGGCGGGCGACUUCUCGGACGCCCUCGGGCGCGUCAACGCGGCGUUGCGCGAGGCGCGCAAGCACGCACGCGACGACAACCAGCGCCAGAUGCUCGAGAAGUACGAGGAGAGCUUCGAGACGGGCGACAUCGAGGCGCACAAGCAGGGCAGCCGGCACUGGGUCAAGGACGUCGGGCCGGUCGUCGAGUCGUACAUCGGGUUCAUCGAGUCGUACGUCGACCCGUCUGGCGCUCGCGCAGAGUGGGAGGGCUUCGUCGCCAUCGUCAACAAGGAGCAGUCGGCCAAGUUCAACGUGCUCGUCGACGGCGCGCCACAGCUCAUCGAGGACCUGCCUUGGGGCAAGGACUAUGAAGUUCCCGAGUUCAAGCGUCCCGACUUUACCGCGCUCGAGGUCGUCAGCUUCGCGACGGCCGGCAUCCCCGCAGGCAUUAACAUCCCCAACUAUCAUGACGUGCGCGAGAACGACGGCUUCAAAAACGUGUCUCUGAGCAACAUCCUCUCGGCCAAAGCCGCCGGCGAGGAGCUCACGUUCAUCGCGCCGGCCGAGGCCAAGCAGUACCGCGCGUGGGAGGACAAGGCGUUCGAGGUCCAGGUCGCGUCGCACGAGCUCCUCGGGCAUGGCAGCGGCAAGCUCUUCCAGGAGCAGGCCGACGGCUCGCGCAACUUUGACGAGAAGACGAUCAACCCGCUCACGGGCAAGCCGAUCACGAGCUGGUACCGCCCCGGCGAGUCGUACGGCAGCCGCAUUGGCCCUGUUUCGUCGUCAAUGGAGGAGAUGCGCGCCGAGUCGAUCGCCCUGUACCUCGCGACCAACAAGCAGAUCCUCGAGAUCUUUGGCUUCAAGACGCAGCAGGAGCAAGACGACCUCGCGUACCACAUGUACCUGAUCAUGGCCCGCGCCGGCGUCCUCGCCCUCACCUUCUUCGACCCGGCGACGGGCAAGCACGGCCAGGCGCACAUGGAGGCGCGUCACGGCAUCUUGCGGUGGCUCGUGCAGCACGGCAUCGCGAGCGUCGACUUUGUUCGGGACGGCGAGGGCCGGCUCGUCGACGCUCACGCCAAGAUCGACCGCGAGGCUUGCCUCGCCAAGGGCAAGGAGGUCAUGGGCAAGCUGCUCCUCGAGAUCCAAGUCCGGAAGAGCACGGGCGACGGACCCGGCGCGACCAAGUUCUACAAGGAGCUCACCAAGCCUGACCAGGUCUGGGUCGACGAGCUGCGGCCUCUUGUCCUCGCCAAGAAGCUUCCUCGCAAGGUCUUCGUGCAGCCCAACACGCGCCUUACGUCGUCCGGCGAUGUCGAGCUCGUCGAGUACCCGGUCACGGUCGAGGGCGUCAUCCAGAGUUUCGUCGAGCGGGCGUUGUAGAUUCUCUCCCUCUCGCUUAGCCGCAACGAGCAAGCAUGCAAGCAGUUCUCUCGA